GGCGGCGCCCGGGCGCGGCGCGGCCGCGAGAGCGGGGGCGGGUUUAUGGCGGCGGCUCUGUCCGCACUCGCUGCCAGGCUCUCCCAGUCGGCCGCGGCCAGGUCCUACGGCGUGUUCUGCAAGGGGCUCACCAGGACCCUCCUCAUCUUCUUCGACCUGGCCUGGAAGCUCCGCAUCAACUUCCCCUACCUCUACAUCGUCGCCUCCAUGAUGCUCAACGUGCGGCUGCAGGUCCAUAUUGAGAUCCAUUGACUUGUGACUUGGUAUGCCACUUCCCCUGUAUGCUGCAACUAGAGUCACUCACACUCUUCUUCAAAACCAGCCUGUUGUGAAGCAGCAAAGCUGUGCUCGUGUGCUCUAGGACUAUGAAGAAAGAAGAUUUUACCCAGAAGCAAGUAUUUGACAAUGGCCCAGAUCAUCACAAGCCAGCAGCUUAUGUGACACACGUGCAUUCCAUGUUGGACAGUUCUCAAAAUCAUAAUAGCAGUUUACAAGAAUUAUAUAACACCAGGAAUUGUUCUCUCUAUAAUACUAUACCUCUGUCUUCUGUUGGCAAGGAAAUGCCUCUGAGUUUCAGUGAAUCAGCAGGGAUGAACUCAAGUGCAGCUGCUCCUUGGAAGGAUUCAUUUCAUCGGCAUUUUUCUUCUGGGAAAGACAGUCUCGAGAGGGUUUCUCACUGCAUUGGUGGCCUUUCAGUAACAGGCUGGCUGGAAGAAGCUUGUAGCAUUUCUGGAGACUUCAGCUCAUGCUGCCCAGGAGAUAACUUCGUAUGUUUUGCACAAUUCUGGCUGGGAAAUUUGCAGUGUAAUAAAAACCUGUGGUUUGUGGAAUUAGAAAUUAGCAGUAGCAAAGAGAAUGAAUUGCUGUUUGUAUUUUUUAAAGCAUUGGAGCUUGGUGGACUUCCUGAUCCUUGUUCUAAUCUAGUUGCCUCUCUGAACAACUCUGCUAUGGGACUCUCAAACAACCAGAAACCAUGUGUUUUCCUUUGUUGCUUAAACCUUGUAUCUUCAGAGCAAACACUUGGAUAUGUGCAAAUGCUUUUGAAUAUACAAUAUGUGACUAAUAAUUUUCACAUCAUACAGCUAGUAAUCUCUGUGCUAGCUUUUGCACUGGCAGGUCUCUGGUAUGUAGUGAAGGUAAAAAAGUACUGAGAUUUUAAUAACUACUAUUUUUAAUAUUAGCAGAAAAUAAGAGAGACACAGUUACAGUUCAGGUUUUAGUGAGAAUUAUAUAGCUGAAGUAAAAACUAUAGUUGUAACAUUGCUAGUUAAACUGACUGUUGGAAGAAUAGGGACUUUAUUGUAAGGAAUAGCAUCUGAGUAUAAAGAACUUCAUAAUCUUCAGACUCUGGGACUUCUGCAGGUCUGCUGUUAACAUUAAACUAGAACUCAAUUUGAUUAGCACAGAUGCUUUGUUUUCUACAGAGUUUGUAUUAGUGGAGUGUUCUGGCUACUACUAUUUAUACCCAUUUCCAAUAAAACUUGUUUCUUGUAGAGUUGAAUUCCUGCUCUGAAUCCAACAGCAGCUAAUAUAUCAGUCCUUAGAACACUGAACUGGAAAGCUGUUGGGAGGGUGGUCUUCAAUGCAGCAUAAAUCUCAGCAGUGUUCCUUUCCAAGGAUGGCACUGCUGUAAUUUAACAAUACCUUGUGAGCUUUAUUGUGCUACAAAAGACACUGUAAACAACUUUCUAAAACAAUUUUUUUUCCUUGAAAAAGUGAUUGUUAUUGCUAAAGUACAAUGGGCCUGUUGACUUUGGCUUUGGGAUAGGCUUCUGACAAUGAGGUUUGCCAAAGAAAGAGGCAAGAAUGUUGGAAUCCAUAGAGCUGCUGGUGAAUAGAAUUUUGAGGAAUAGGCUCCUGUUGGGACUUCAGUGGAGGAACUCUUUGUACAGUAGGUCAAACUUUGAACUCAAUGUCCAAAAUUCUCAGUAGGGGCAUUGCUGAUGAUCCACUUAAUGUGCUCUAAAGGCUCACCUAAAGAGGGAGGUAUCAGUGUAUGGGUUGGAAUGCAUUUCCAGCUUCCCUUUGAUUCUGACUUAAAAGUGAGGACUUAAUGUGGAGUAAAGCCAUGGCAGUGAUUCACACCUUAGAUACCCUUUUUGCCAGAUGGUCUUGCUUCAUCUUGGAAAGAGAGGAAAGGAUGUUGCAUUUAGUUUGAACUGAACUUACCUGGAAAGCCAGUAGAGUUUCCAGUGUGGUGGUUAUUGGACUGUUAGCACACGUGUAUAGAGAAGUCCUUGAUUAUGAAGAUGAGAUGCUGGUUUUCAGCCUUAAGGAGAGAAGUGUUGAAAUUUUUAAAUCUAUUUGAAUGCUGAAAAUAAGAUAUAUUACUUUUUAUGUUAAAUGAUAUGUUGUGUUUUCGUGAUCCCCAUUGGCUGACUGUCUUUUUUUGGAUGCUAAAAGAGAUGAAAAGCCACUUAAUUUAAUUUAGAAAAUAACUUUUCCCUGGUGUUUAAAUGAUUGUUUAACUUACAGACUUUUGACUGUGCAAUUACCUGUCAUGAAGUGACUGAAAGCCCCAAAAUAAUACUGGAUUAUGUGUUGUAAGUGAUUACUCUUAACAGUUCACUCUAAGUUGAGCUGUUCACCCUCAUCUCCACUGUUGGAAUUUAUCAGCCUUGUAGUGAGUGGUGUUAACACAAGUUAAUGUGUGGUGUUGCAGAGGUUCAAGAUUCCUGAUGUGGAUCUGACAUCCCAGAACACCAGAAACAAAGACACUUCUCCAAAUGUCUGUGGCUUGGAGUUAGGGUGUUAAGCUGCUGUCCGCCUAUACCUUGACCCAAAAAAACACUUGGCAGAGCUGAAGGCAGAGCAAUGAAGGCAGGGAGGGGUUGGAGCUUGUUUAAGCUGGCUUGAUUGCUAAAGAUGUUUUGCAACUCCACAUGAAUCUCUCUAAGCAGCUCCAUAGGUACAGCCAUACCCUCCCUCUAUGGUGAGCUUUCCCUUAAGAUGUGCAUGAACACAGUCCUGCACCCAAAAUUUGAGUGCUUGGACUUCCUGUACAAAGGAUCAAUUGGCACAGCUGUACUUGCAGUUGUUACUUGAGACCUUAUUUGUGCAGCUGACUGGUUUGCCCUGGAACAUUCUCUGCUGUAUGUCAUUUGGGAACUACAUAUUUUGGGAACCAUAGUUCUAUACAAGAACUUGUAGUGAGAUUGUCAGGUUAAUAGGCAAGAGGAGUAGCUAAAGGCAUAAAAACAUCAAUCCAAUUUUUAAUGCACCUUUUCUUCAUGGUGAUUUCAAAUCGAGGGAAAAUGAAACAUGAGACACCACCAAAAAACUAGAAUUUAAAUGUGUGUACAGAAGAAUGCCAAGGGUUUUCUCCUCAUCAAUGACAAGCCUAUGGAGGAGAUCUUGGAAUAUUGAAUUGUGUUACAUAUCACAGUCCAGCUAAUACAGUCCUGUUUUAAGCAAAGUCUUGUUUGAGUGUGUGGCCUUUCAUCGUUUAUUACAGGAUCACUUUAAAUACAAUACAGCUAAGUGAAAUGAUGGAUGUUUGUUGUGUAUAUGUAUAUUUAACAUAAGAUACAAAGAAUACUUAAAUAAGUGGAUUUAAUACAUUUUAAGAUAGUUUAUGUACCUUGCCUUGAAUUUUAUUGGUUAAAACCUAAAAGGUAAUUUUAACUUGAACAUUCCUUCUGAAAUUCAAAUAAAGCAUAGUUUGGUAUGUUAAAAUCUCAUGUAAUAUACUGCACUUUAAGCCUGGGGAGGCCAUGGAAUGAAAGUCCUGUUCUUGCACUAACAGAACUGCCUGCCCUGACUGAGACAAAGUUUAAAUGGCUUUUCCUGUCUGGAGGGAGAACAGGGAACCUGAAGGAUGGCAUCCAUCCUUUGAAACUAUAGAUAAAUAUAACACAAUAUGGUUUAGGCCACUGUUCUCUUCCUACAGAUGUUUUGAUAUUAACUCAUCUCAAAAGAUGGAAGGUGUCUUGGCCAAGAACCAGUUUUUGUGGAGUUUCAUGGCUUCACAAUGUCCAAUGUGGAAAACUUUCCUGAGUUAAUGUGCUGUUAGGGUUGUCUGAGAUGAUUAUUAUAGUACAGAAAAAUAACAUUGUUAGUAGAGGUAAGGAACCUUUAUACUCAACCAGGAGUUGCCUUCAUAUUUCUGUAUUUUUGUCGCUCAUCCUUCUCUAGGAGAGGUUAUUUCUAAGCAAAAUGUCAGGGUUCUACUAAACAACUUGUGCUAUCUAAAAUUUCAUUGUUUAGUGUCCAGAUCCUUCCUGCAGUACAUAGCAAAGUUUUAUUUCUGCCUUUAGAAAAGAAAUAAGAAAACACUCAAUAUUUAGAGAGUUUCCUAGUAGUUACACUUAAGUGAAAAUUUACUAUAUGGUGUACUGCUUUGAAAAGAAAAUAUACUUUAAAAUGUGUGUGCACAGA